AUGGGGGCCCCGCGGCGCCGCCAGCUCCGCCCGCCCACGGGCGGGGGCGCCCGACCCCGAGCGAAGCGGCCCGGCCCAAAGCCUGGAGAACUACAACUCCCAGUGUGCCUUGCCGCGCCCGCCCAGCGCAAGGAACGCCGGGACUCGCAGUCCCCCGCCGCUGCACAUGCGCACCCCGCCGCGAGUUUUCCCGCCUCUUCCUUGCCCCCUCCUCCUUACCUCCCCGCCGGCGCGCACGGCCCGCAUUUUUCCCGCCUUCCGAUUGGCCGCCGCCGGGUGCCGGCUGCAUCCCCAUUGGCCCUCCGCCACGUGCGGCUCAUGUUGCUGGGCGAGGGGCGCGGCAGCCAUGGGAGGGGGCCCGGGCAGGCGGGACGGGACGAGACGGGGCGGGGCGGGGCGGGACCGAGCGAGACCGGAUCGAACCGGACCGGGCGGGGUGGGCUCGGCUCGAUCGGUCGAUCCGCGGAGGCGUCCGGUGUGGGCCUCCACGGACUGGCCUUUCCUCUCCCGGCUGCGGAAGAAACAGUAGGGGCAAGCGUCCUUCCCUCUGGGCUGUACUUGCCGUCGCAAGCCACGUGCCAGAGUGCGUCCCGGUCCCCUGAGGCACCUGCAAGAGGUGGAACUCCGUGUGGCAAAGCCACGCUUGUUACCGGCACGCCGCCGGGCUUCGCUGGCACGGCUCUUCAGGAGCUUGAGGGAAGUGGUUCUGUCCCAGUCACGCUACCCGUCCUCAAAGAGUCCUUCAGUCUGGAGGAUGGGAAUCCGUCCGGCUUGGAGGAAGUCAGGGAGGAAUAUGUCAAGAGGCACUUCAGCAAUCACAGCACUGCAUCAGCCUUGGAAGCUGUGAGUGAGAGUGACUCUACCGUCUGGUAUUUGAUUCAAUGUGAAAAACAAACAAUGGAAGAGGACGGGAAGCCAGAAUUUAUCCAGUCUCCAGACACUUCAUCUCCAGAUCUGGUGGAAUUUGAACGAUACCUGUAUUUUUAUAAGCACACAGUGGACCUGCUGAUAGAGCAUGAAAUUGUUUGUACUGAGGAGGUGCCUCUUCCUGAGGUCUCCACAGCGGUUUCCCACCUCUGGCAAGAGCUCUCUGAAGAAAGGAGAGACAGCAUCUUGCAGUACUGUAGCCAGAGAGAUUUCUUCGAGGACCCUAAGGCUGCUUGCCAAGAGCCGGCGCGCGCUGAAGGUAGUGUGAGGGACAGCCAAGGGAACAGUGAGGAAGCCAGUGGUUCCUCGGCCUCCACACCAGAGGAAGUAAUGUUUGAAGAUGCGUUUGAUGUUGCUGCUGGUUUUCUUGACAGAAGUGAGACUCAGGGAAUGUCUAUCCAGAGUUCAGCGUUUGCAAGCUGCACGUCUGAAAAUCCAGAGGAUCACCACAGACUAUAUAUGCAGAUCACUGACUUCCUAAAAAGCCUCUUCUUUGCUAAUACAGAGUUUUGCCAGGAAGAAGAUCUUGCAUUCGAUUAUGAGACUGUGAUGCUGAGGUGCACUGAGACCUUCGACGAUGAAGAUUUCUGAACAGUACCUCUGGUUGCUCAUGUUUUGCCAAGUGCUGCUGGACACACCAGGCUUGAAGAGACUGCUCCUCUUUUGGUGAAGCACCUCUCUGAGCAGAGUGCAGAGACACUGUGUUAAAAGUGGUUUGUUACUGUUGACUUUCCAUUCCCUCAUCAGUGUUUCUUGAUAUAUCAGUUGAGUAAUUUAUACCUUUAAGAG